AUGAAAGCAUUUUAUUUAUUACAAUUUAUGGUUAUUUUGAUUCUGCUGAAUUUACCAUCAUAUGAUGCCGGCUUUCUUUGUCAUCUUUUUGAUUUUUUCGGUUUCAUUAAUUGUGAUGAAUUCAAAAAGCAUGCACAGUCAUUGGAUGAAUGUAUUCAGUAUACACCCGAACAUAUUUUUCUGAAAAUUCUUCUCGAAAUAUCUGAAAUACAAUUUCUUCACAAGUGUUAA